UGUAUGUGUGUGUGAUAGUUUUCUUUCCUGUCCUGAUGAUUCCUGUCUGUGUUUGAAAAGUAUGCCGGGACAAAUCUAGCAAAAAAAAAGACAAAACAGAGAUGUCAUCAUUGAAUGUUGACAGCAGCCUUCUACCAGAAGAGCAGUUCCUGUGCUCUAUCUGCCUGAAUGUGUUCACUGAUCCAGUUACCACUCCUUGUGGCCACACCUUCUGCAAAGCCUGUAUUAGUGGACACUGGGAUAACAGUGAGAUAUUAUGCCACUGUCCAAAAUGUCAGAAACGAUUCUAUGUGAGACCAGAGGUCUCCACCAACUCUGUGAUAGAAGAGAUCUCUGUGCAUAUCAAGAGAAGAAGACUUAAUGUACCAGAAUACUUAGCUGCUCCUGGGGAAGUUGCUUGUGAUGUUUGUUCUACAAGAAAGCUCAAGGCCCUGAAGUCCUGCCUGGUGUGUCUCACCUCUUACUGUGAGACUCACCUGGAGCAUCAUCAGAGAGUGUUGAAUCUGAAGAGACACAAGCUGAUCGACCCAGCGGAGAACCUGGAGGACAGGAUGUGCAAGAAGCAUGAUAGGCUGCUGGAGCUGUUCUGCAGGAGCGACCAGACAUGUGUGUGUCAGUUUUGUACUGAGACAGACCACAAGUCUCACGAUACUGUGCCCAUUGAAGACAUGGGAGCACACCAGAAGGGUGAGCUUGCAGCCGCUAAAGCAGAGGUUGAAAAGAUGGUCCAGGUCAGACAGAAAAAGGUGGAUGAAAUCAAACACUCCGUGGAGCUCAGUAGGAAAAGUACAAACAAAGAUAUUGAGGACAGUGAGAAUCUCUUCACCAAUCUGUCGCGUUCGGUUGAAGAAAGACAAACCAAUCUAAAGCAGGUGAUGGAGGUGAUGCAAACAGCAGCAGAGAAAAGGGCUGAAGGGCUCAUCAAUGACCUGGAGCAGGAAAUCACUGAGUUACAGAGGAGAAGCACUGAGCUGGAGCAGCUCUCACACACUGAGGACCACCUCCACUUCCUACAGGCCAGUAUCACUAGUCAGUGGUUGAUGUCAAUGUGUCAGAAGAUUACUAUACUGUAUAUAACUUAGUGUUGUUGGCUUUCUGAUCUCCUUCACUGCAGACUUACCUGACCCUAUGUGCCCCUCCAUCCACCAAGGACAUUUCUGGGAUCAGUGUGUACUCAGAUCUGUGUGUUGGGACAGUGAGGAGAGCCGUGUCCAAUCUGGUGGAGAUAUUCAAGAGAGAAUUGAAAACACUAACAGACAUGGAACUGAAGAGAAUGAGGGGGUUUAAAGAGGACGUCACCCUGGACUCGAACACAGCAAGUCGUUGGAUAUGCCUGUUUGAUGGUGGCAAACGCAUCAAAUGCUCUAAAACACCCCAGCUCAAAUCUGACAACCCAGAGAGGUUCAACAUCUACCCCAUGGUUUUAGGAGAGAAAGGCUUCAACUCUGAACGCCAUUACUGGGAGGUUCAGGUGGGCCUAAGAAAUGACUGGGAUGUAGGCGUUGCCAAGGAAACAGUAAACAGGAAGGAAGAGGUCCAAAUUAACUCAGCGCAUGGGUUCUUUGCACUGAGAAAAGAUGGAUUUGAUUAUAAGGUUCAUUCCUCCCCCCUUAAGAAUCUUUAUCUGAACCCCAGGCCUAGAAAUAUUGGAAUCUAUGUGGACUAUGAGAGGGGUCAGGUCUCCUUCUAUGACGUGGAUGAAAAAUCUCACAUCUACUCUUUCACAAACCAGUCUUUCACAGAGAAACUCUACCCUUACUUUUACGUGUAUAGCAAGGCCAAAAAGUCAGAGGCAUUGGUAAUUUCCUGCAUGGAGGACCCAAGAGCACGCUACCUAUCACUCCUGCAAGCCGUCUCUAAAGCUAAAGAGUAACCAUAUUAAUUGUAUGGCUCUAGCACUCUAGAAAUCAGGUUUUAUAGUUUCCCUUCCAGUCAUUCUAAUGCAUCAUAAUGUGGUUCACUUUCUAUAAAUUCCAUAAAUAUUUAUUUCUUAUGUUUCUUUAUUGACAGUGUCAAAACACAUUUUAUAGACAUUUUACAUAUCGUUGAACACUAAUUCAAUAUUGUUGACACUGUUGGCUUUCUGAAUCAAUGGCUGUUUAGUUUGUAUGUACGCUAUGAGUGUAUAAUGUUAUAAAUCAAAAUAAAAGGGCGUGAGUUGGGGUGGG